CUGUGAAGUUUUGGAUCUCUCCUGUGCAGACAGCCUGUCUUGGUGAGCAGCCACACUUCCCCUUUCUUCCAUGGCUUUGAACUGGGUGAUUUUGGCACUGCUGAGGGGAACAUCGUUCAGUUUCGGUUUUUGAAACCCUUGAACUUGACCAAAAAUCCUCGUCUCACUCCUGGUUCUGCUGAGCUGAGAGCGUCUCAUGGCGUUGAGUGUCGAGUCCUUCCCACCACCACCAUGUGUCCUUGUUGUUUUCUUGCUCUGGGAUGAAUGAGCCUGUGGCUUCACAAACGCAAAUGGUGCCGACUCCAUCUUUCCCCCAGCCAGACUCGCACGAGCUCGCCGUCUCGUAAACUAAACUUACACUUCCUUCUCCACGCCGGAUGACAGCGUAUUCGGUGACUCGGUUAGAAAGGAAACGUCAGCGUUUGUCUGCGUCAUUCGUGCCACGACAUAAACGCCGCCAUUUUCGAAAUACUUUCCCGAACGUCGGUGUGAGACACUGCCUGUUCCAAAUAUAGCAAUGACGAUUUGGUCACGUGAUUCAUGUGAUACUGACUGCGCCAGAUGACGCAUGCGCAGCACAGAAACCGGAAAUAGACUCAGCGUACCAGAAGUGCAGCACAGUACAGCAUAAAAACACAGAAACAGGUGAGUUUUACAGUCUACAUAACCUUGCUGUCAACAAGGCGUUCGGCUGCAUCGCGCAUUUGAAGCUUAGAGGAGCCAGGGAAUAAAGGGUACAGCACAAUGUUUGGUGGAGGAUUCAGAGGGAACAAGCUGAAGACAAACCUUCGGUUGUCCAUCAACCGUCUGAAGCUGUUGGAGAAAAAGAAAACUGAAUUGGCACAGAAGGCCCGGAAGGAGAUCGCUGAGUACCUGGCCAAUGGGAAAGAUGAAAGAGCCAGGAUAAGGGUGGAGCACAUCAUCCGAGAAGAUUACCUAGUCGAGGCCAUGGAGUUGAUUGAGAUGUACUGUGAUCUGCUCCUUGCUCGAUUUGGUCUUAUCGAGAGCAUGAAAACUGUAGAACAAGGACUUCAGGAAGCAGUGUCUACACUGAUCUGGGCGGCUCCUCGCAUGAGUACAGAAGUACAAGAGUUGAAAGUGGUCUCUGACCAACUGUGUGCUAAGUAUGGGAAAGAGUUUGGGAAGCUGUGUCGUAACAAUGAGAUUGCCUCUGUCAAUGAAAGGUUGAUGCACAAGAUGAGUGAGCAAGCCCCACCCCGUAUCCUGGUAGAACGGUACCUUAUCGAGAUUGCAAAGGCUAACAACGUUCUGUUUGAGCCUGACCCUACUGUUAUGAUGGAUGCAGAAAUCCCAAUGUCAGCAGAUGACCUCCUGAACUUAGACAUCGAUGACAAGAAGGGACCAGGGGGUUCUGGUGGUGGUGGUGGUGGUGGCAUGCCUGCACCCCCCCUCCCUGCACAGGGCCCAGCCCUCCAACCAUUCAACUAUCCACCCCCACAGCAGCCUAGGAUGACACCAGACGACUACCUAGCCUAUCAGAAGGAGCUUGAGGCUGCUGGCAGACUGGGAGGGCCCUCGGGUGGACUUCCACAGGCACCACAGGCGCCUAGUGCCAAGCAGCCUCCUCCACUCCCUACCCAAGCACCUGUUGGCAACCCUUCCACACCUGCACCAGCGUAUAACACAGUGGCCAACGAUCCUGCAUACCCACCAAAUGCUGCAGCAUACAUUCCACCAGUCAACCCGCCCAUGCCCAUGCCGCCUGCACCAAGUGCCCCGCCCACAAACACAGACAGUCUGCCAGACUUGCCGUGUGUCCCGUCAAACAGCUUCCCCAACCCGGGCAACACCAUUGGUGGAGCCUCUGCUGGGGGGGAUGACGUAGACUUUGAUGACCUAACGCGCAGGUUUGAGGAGUUGAAAAACAAGAAGUAAACAGACAGGCUAGCAAUAAGAAUCUGAGCUUUCUGUCACCAGAGAUGCUUACCUGCAAAGCAGAAGCUAAUUUGUACAGAAUGUAGACAGCAUCAUGUGUUUUCAGCAUCCACAACAAUAUCAUAUGUAAGCAAUUAAAAGUAGUUAGUUUUUUUCUAUGACUAGGUAUGAUUUUUGGUGGAUUCUAUCAUGGUAUUGACUUUGAGAAGGUGUAGAUUGCUAAAAAAACUUUGCUAUGUUUAUCAACAUAACUGAAACAUGGAGGUGAUAUUUGAUAACUAAGUAAGCUAGUGGAGACAAGAUAAUGGAUGAAGGAAGUUAAAGCAAGCAAAUAAGAAUGUAAAAGAAGCCACUGGUUUUGUACAGAAAUACGAUUUACUGUUUAGGUAGAGUGUUAUUAAAGCUUGUAAGAUGCAGAUGCUCGAUGUACGUACUGUAUUUGUUUCACAGCUUUGAACUAUCCAUUUGUGGGAGAAACAACAUUGUGCUGAAUGUAAUGUUUGCAAUUGUUGUAAGAAAAAAAGGUGAGCUCAUAAUUUAUGCACAUUAAGUGUGUCAUUAACAUGUUUGGUUUUCCACUUGUACAAACUUUUUGAUACCUUGAUUCUUUUAUAGAAUGAUAUAUAUAUUGCUCCUAUAAUCCGAAAAAGCACAAUUAUAAUGUAUGAAAUGCACUA